UCCAUACGCACACGCACACACACACACACACACUCUCUCUCUCUCUCUCUCUCCACCUUGUCAUCGUCGACAUCGCAUCCUGCGUCCGUGUCCUUGUGUUGUCGGAGCAACAAUUAUUACCCCUAUCUAGCACGGGGUGUGAGCCCUUUCGCGCUCGCUUGCUUACUCGUUCGCUCGGCCGCUCGCGUUCGCCCGCAUCUCGUCGAGUGCUCCAUCGCGUCUUCGGCGUGAACAAACUGCGGAACUGUGCGUACUGUGCAUCGUCGGGAGGAUAAGGACGUUGUCCGUUUUCUCCUUCGUUACGUCGUCGUACGAGAAACGGACGCGGUCCAGUGUGUGUCCGGAAGAUCAUACCCCGUGAGCGCGAGGUUCCCCAAAGAUCCGACCAUUCUCGGAUCUGCCCGGUGUCUCCCGGGGAAGACCUAUUCGCGAGCCGCGGUUCUUUCCCCAGGCUUUCCCGGGCUUCAGUGUGUCGUUCAGUGCUGUCGCAACAUGCCGCGCGCUCGAGAGCAAGAAACCCGGUGAUUCUCGGUUGGUUCGGUGAAUCUCGAGAAACGCGCGUGGUGGAUAGCUGGAUCUGAGAGACAGCGCGAGGACCGCCGCUGCCGCUCGCAAACGCCGUGGUUUGCUCCGUCGACUGUGAUUUGACCGUCGUGGUCGUGAAUCGAGCGCGGCAACGUCAACGUGUUCGCCGCAGUCAGUGACAGCGCGCAGCCAGCGCUAAGUCUGCAAAGCGCGCUUGCGCGCGCGAGCGCGAGCGCGAGCGCGAGCGAGUUUGUUGUGUCUCUCGCCCGGUCUCUCGUCCGGGUGGGAAGAUUAAGGGAGUACUGCCGGACUGCCAGCAGCCGUGGUAUCGCGGCUUUCAUGACUCCCGUUUGACAACGGCUACGCGGCAGCAGCCCACCCCGGCGCCGGUGAGCUCUAUGACCAUGCUGCAGUCGCAGAAAUUGUACGGCGACGCCGGUGCCAUGACCAGCGCCGCGAUGUCCGGGAUGGGCAGUAUGGCGCCCACGUACAGCUCGAUCAACUCGAUCAACAGCUGCGUGUCGAUGGGCAUGACGAUGGGCGUCGGAGUCGGGCCCAGUUGCAGCCCGCAGGGCGCCGGCGGCUUCAACAUGAGCAGCAUGAGCUCGGCCAUGGGGAUGGCGUCGGCGAUGGGCGGCGGCGGUAUGGGUGGUUACAGCGGCGCUUCCAUGGGCGCCGGCGGUGCCUGCAUGAGCGCCGUCGGAUACGGCCCGCUGACGCCGGGCGGCGGUGCCGGUGUCAGCCGUGAUCCCUUGUCUCUGUCGGAGCCGGACUCGCCGAACUCGGCGUUGCAACGCGCGCGCAGCGACAAGUCCUAUCGGCGCAGUUACACGCACGCGAAACCGCCGUACUCGUACAUCAGCCUGAUCACCAUGGCGAUACAGAACGCGCCCAGCAAGAUGCUCACCUUGUCCGAGAUUUAUCAGUUCAUCAUGGACCUGUUCCCGUUCUACCGGCAGAACCAGCAGCGCUGGCAGAACUCCAUCCGGCACUCGCUCAGUUUCAACGACUGCUUCGUCAAGGUGCCGCGCACGCCCGACAAGCCCGGUAAGGGCUCCUUCUGGACGCUGCACCCGGACAGCGGUAACAUGUUCGAAAACGGCUGCUACCUGCGUCGGCAGAAGAGGUUCAAGGACGAGAAGAAGGAGCUGACCAGACAGACCAACAAGCACCAGCAACACCAGCAGCAUCAUGUGGCAGCAGCGGCCGCCGCGGCAGCGGCCGCCGGCGCGACCAUCGCCGGUCAGCACAGUCCGCCCACUCACGAGGUCGGUGCGCCCGGUUCUAAGAAAACUGGCGGCUCGAUCCACCACGGUGGGCCGCAGCAGCAGCAGGACGACAAGGACCUGCACUCGCUGGUGUCCACGCAUCAUCAUCACCAUCCGGCCGGUUUGCAUCAGCAUCAUACCGUCCUCAAGAGCGACAGCACCGAUAUCGGUGGUCUGCUCGGGCCCGAGCUCGGCGCCGCUCACGACGAGCUCUCCGCCAUGGUGAAUCGCAGCCUGCACCAGACUCUCUUGUCCGACACCGGUAGCCUGCAUCACGGUAUGACCGGCAGCCUCAAGCAAGAGCCGCUCUACACGGCCACCAGUCAUCCCUUCAGCAUCAACAGGUUAUUGCCGCGCGACACGGCCGGCACCUCGCCCGGCGCGCAGGACACCAAGCCGCCCGAGAUGAAGAUGUACGAGCUGCACCAGAGCUACGCCAACUUCGGCUCGCCGCAUCAUCCGCACGCGCACUCGGCGCCGCCUGGCCAUCAUCAUCACAACGGCAUGCACGCCGGCACCAACGGCGCCGGGCCCAUGCACAUGACGAAUCAUCAUCAUCAGGAGUACUAUCAGAGCCCGCUCUACCAUCACGUAACCAGCGUGGCCACCACGAGCGCGCCGCCGCCUCCUGCCGUCGCCACCGCGGCGCCGGGCUUGUGACAUCACGCUACCCACCCCUACGCUUUGGCCUGAGUCGCU